AUGAACGUCUUGAAGUUACAAAAAAAGUAUCCCGUCUUACAACAGUCUGACCUUUUCAAUAUAAUUGAAGAUUUCAGAGCAAUUGACUUGGAGGAUAAAGGUUGGGUGGAGAAGAAAGAUGUGAUCAACAGCGUUAGCAAACAGGGAGAGUAUUCCUACGACGAGACAAGAGAAACAUUGAAGCAUGUUGAUGUUGACGCUUCUGGACAUGUCGAAUUGGAUGAUUAUGUUGCUUUAAUUGCCAAGUUGAAGGAGUCAAAGGGAGGAGCUUCAGAGGCUCCACAGUUGCACAAAAAAGCGGCUCCCCCAAUUCCCAGCGCCAGCGCAAAGAAUAAAACCUACAUCGAGGGAAAGACAUCGGGAACCACCCACACCAUCAAUGAUGAAGAGCGUACUGAGUUCACCAGACAUAUUAACUCCGUUUUAUCUGGUGAUGGCGAAAUUGGAGACCGAUUGCCCUUUGAUACUGAAACGUUUCAAGUGUUUGACGAGUGUAGAGAUGGUUUGGUGUUGUCGAAAUUGAUCAACGAUUCGGUUCCAGACACUAUCGAUACGAGAGUUUUGAACUUGCCAAAGGGGAAGAAACAGUUGAACAAUUUCCAAAUGUCGGAGAAUGCAAACAUUGUCAUUAACUCGGCAAAGGCAAUUGGGUGUGUUGUUGUCAAUGUCCAUUCUGAGGAUAUCAUUGACGGCAAAGAACAUUUGAUUUUGGGUUUGAUUUGGCAGAUUAUUCGAAGAGGAUUGUUGAGUAAAGUGGAUAUCAAGUACCACCCUGAAUUGUAUCGUUUGUUGGAGGAUGACGAGACUUUGGAGCAAUUUUUGAGGCUUCCACCUGAACAAAUUCUUUUGCGUUGGUUCAAUUAUCAUUUGAAAAAUGCCGGCACCAACAGAAGAGUCACAAACUUUGGUAAAGACGUUAGUGAUGGUGAAAACUACACCUAUUUGUUGAACCAAUUGAAGCCCGAUGUCUGUGACUUAUCGCCUUUAAAGACUAGCGACGUGUUGUCCCGUGCUGAGCAAGUUUUGGAAAACGCCGACAAAAUCGAUUGUCGCAAAUACUUGACCCCAAAGUCUUUGACUGCGGGGAAUCCAAAGUUGAACUUGGCUUUUGUUGCCAACUUGUUCAACACCCACCCUGGUUUGCAACCAAUUGAAGAGCACGAGAAGAUUGAAAUUGAAGAGUUUGAUGCAGAAGGGGAGCGUGAGGCUAGAGUGUUUACUUUGUGGCUCAACUCUUUGGAUGUGGACCCGCCAGUUGUUUCAUUGUUUGAAGAUUUGAAAGACGGGUUGAUUUUGUUGCAAGCGUUUGACAAGGUGAUACCGGGAAGUGUUUCAUUCAAGCAUGUCAACAAAAAGCCAGCUAGUGGCGAGGUUUCUCGAUUCAAGGCUUUGGAAAAUACAAACUAUGCAGUGGAAAUAGGGAAGGCCAAUGGGUUUUCGCUAGUUGGUAUAGAAGGGUCCGACAUUGUUGAUGGAAACAGGUUAUUAGACUUGGGUCUUGUUUGGCAAUUGAUGAGAAGAAACAUUGUCAACACCUUGGCUGAGUUGGGCAAAGGUGGUCAAUUAUCUGACGCGGAUAUCUUGAAAUGGGCUAAUCAACAAGUCACAAAGGGAAACAAGUCUUCACAAAUUAGGUCCUUCAAAGACGCCUCGUUGGCUACGGGAACAUUUUUGUUGGAUGUUUUGAAUGGUAUGGCACCGGGAUAUGUUGACUACGACUUGGUUUACGAAGGAAGGACAGAGGAGGAGAGGUACGCCAAUGCCAAGUUGGCUAUCUCUAUUGCUAGAAAGUUGGGAGCAUUGAUCUGGUUGGUUCCUGAGGACAUAAACGAGGUUAGAAGCAGAUUGAUCUUGUCGUUUGUAGGAAGUUUGAUGGCUGUGGAGAAUAAGGCUUCUAACUCGUCACAGGAGUCUAUUGAGGAGUCCCAGACAACCAAAUCACGUAAACCACCAAACACGGCUUUCCGUCAGCAGAGAUUGAAAGCUUGGCAGCCAUUGUUGACUCCCAAGUCAGUGAUUCCAUUCCUUGUUUUGUUAGCAGUGAUUUUUGCUCCGUUGGGGAUAGCCAUCAUAUACACGACAUAUAACGUGCAGGAGGUGAAUAUUGACUAUUCACAUUGUGGUGAUCAAACGGACACAUUCACGUCGAUUCCAGAAAAAUAUACUGGCUUCCAUUUCAAAGAGAAUACAAAGCCAGAGUUUAAAUGGAAAGUGGAUGGAUCGCAGUGUGUCAUCCAGUUUAAUGUGCCAGACUUGAAGCCUCCACUUUAUUUGUACUACAAGUUGACCAACUUCUAUCAGAACCAUAGAAAAUAUGUUGAGAGCUAUGACUUGGAUCAGUUGGGAGGGAAAGCCUUGUCUGGAGAUGAUGUGACGGACAAUUGCAAACCAUUGAAACAUAGAGAAUACAAAGGGGAGCAGAGGCUCAUCUACCCUUGUGGAUUGAUUGCAAACUCUUUUUUCAACGACACCAUAUCGUCGCCAGUCUUGUUGAAUGCUCGUAAUGGAGCGGAUAACGAGACAUACACAUUCACAGAUAAGGACAUUUCGUGGUCUUCUGACCGCAGUCACCGGUUCAAAAAAACAAGCUACAAGGCGGCGGAUGUUGUGCCUCCACCAAAUUGGGACAAACAAUACCCGGAUGGGUACACAGACGACAACUUGCCCGAUCUACAGCAAAUGGAGCAUUUGCAAAAUUGGAUGCGUACAGCAGCACUUCCCAACUUCUACAAAUUGUACGGAAAGAAUACCACAUCUACAAUGACAUCAGGCACUUAUCAAAUCGCCAUCGAUUUGAACUACCCGGUCAAAGUAUUUGGCGGUACAAAGAGUAUUGUCAUCACCACCAACUCCAUCUUCGGUGGAAGAAACGUUGCUUUGGGUGUGGUGUAUAUUAUUGUUGCUGUAGUAUCACUAGUGUUGGGUGUUGGUUUCUUGUUGCAGUUCUUGAUCAAGCCAAGGCGAGUGGGCCAUGACUAUCUACAACAAAACUAUCGUGAUCAGUUGUAA